CCAUUUUUAUCUAUAACCCAACCUGUUCUGAAGAAGCUUAGCUCUCACCAUAUCUGAACCAAACAUGCAGCAGCAGCAACCACAGAAGAAGAUGGUCGUGUCAAAGAAGCUCAUGAAGGUCGGCCCAUGGGGCGGCGCCGGAGGGAGCCCGUGGGACGACGGCGGCCACACCGGCAUCAGAAGCAUCACCCUGUCAUACGACCGGUGCGUCGACUCCAUCGCCGUCGAGUACGACAGGAACGGGGUCGCCGUCCCCGGCGAGCGGCACGGCGGCGCCGGCGGCAACCAGACUACCCAGAUCAAGCUGAGCUUCCCGGAGGAGUAUGUGACGACGGUGAGCGGGCACUACGCACCGGUGGCGGCGCACGGCGGCGAGCCGGCGAUCAGGUCGCUGGCGUUCACGACCAACCGGAGGGAGUACGGGCCGUUCGGCGCGGCCGCGGAGGGCACGCCGUUCACAUUCCCGGUGGACGGCGGCGCCGUCGUCGGGUUCUGGGGGAGGAGCGGCCGGCAGCUCGACGCCGUCGGCGUGCACGUCGCGCCGCUUAGGCCGGAGACCAUGUACGAGAAGGCGCACAAGAUGGGGCUCAUGGCCUACCGCUCAGUCCGCCAACGGAUCGGGUCUCAGCAACAGCAGCAGCAGCAGCAGGUGCAAGUGCAACACCAGAGCAACCUUUUCACAUACAAAAUUUAAGACAUUGUCGAGCUUGAACAAAAUAAUCUUGUCUCAAGAGGAAUAUUUAAG